UGAAGCUGCUGUGAUACCCGGUGAAAUCAUGUCGGACUACGCGGCGAGCAACCACUCGCCCCCCGCGCAGGAGACGGGGAAAGAUGAGAUGAGCGACUGCUGGGACGACGAGACGCGUUCGCUCGACUACGAGGAGAACGAUAUUGAGCAGGAGGAUGACUACAUACCGACAGAAGAAGCUGACACCGAGAGCGAGCAUGAAGAGCAGGACGAGACUGUCCGGGAAGACAUGAGAAAGCUGCAGGACGAGGAAAUACUGCGUGGAAAGUUCAGGCUCAUCAACCGCGUCGGCGAAGGUACAUUCUCUACGGUAUACAAGGCACAGGAUCUGACCUGCAACGAAGGCGCAUUCCUGGCCGACCCGCUGGACCCGAGCAAGCCUCUCCGCAAGCCGAAGAAACAUUACGUUGCUCUCAAGAAGAUAUAUGUCACCAGCAGCCCUGCUCGAAUCCUGAACGAGUUGGAGAUUCUCCAUGACUUGCGUGGGCACCCCGCUGUGUGCCAUAUCAAAGCCGCAUUCCGGCUUGACGAUCAGGUCAUUGCUGUCCUGCCAUAUUUCCCCCACACGGACUUUCGCUUGAUGUUCCGUACUUUUCUCGUUGAGGAUAUGCGGCACUACUUCAAGUCUCUCCUGGAAGGCCUUGCUUUUGUGCAUAAGCUGGGGGUCAUUCACAGAGACAUAAAGCCUACGAACUUCUUGUAUAAUCCAAAGCUUCGCCGUGGAGUCUUGGUGGAUUUUGGCCUUGCAGAGUAUGAAAAUGAGGAUGGGAACUGCAUGUGCAGUACUGUCGGCACACGCGCUCUCGUACAUAAACACGAUCAGAUAAUGGACUUCAUCCGCUUCUCCAAACAAACUCCUGUUGGAUAUCCAAGGAACGAUUCCAGGCCUUCUCGGCGAGCCAAUCGAGCGGGAACUCGCGGAUUCCGCGCUCCAGAAGUCCUCUUCAAAUGUACUAACCAAAACACCAAGCUUGAUGUGUGGUCGGUCGGCGUGAUUCUUCUCACGUUCCUGGCCAGACGGUUCCCAUUCUUUCACUCAAUGGAUGAUGCCGAUGCUCUCAUUGAGAUUGCAAGUAUCUUCGGAAAGAAUAAGAUGCAACUGACAGCAGCAGAACACGGCUUAGUUUUUGACACCACCAUUCCUACAAUUUUACCAAAGGGUCACUCCUUGGAACGAAUCAUACGGUGGUCAAGCUCUGUUGUCGAACUGACCGACAGAGAGAUCCAGGCUGUAAAUCUCUUGGAGAAGUUACUCGAGCCGAGCGCGUUAUUGAGGUGGAGUGCAGAUGGAGCGCUGUAUCACGAAUUCUUCACCAACCCUCAGGGCGCUGACCUCCCCUGGGGCGGAGAAGAUCCCGCGAACCUGGAACAUCACUCUGACCACGGUGACGAUAAUGACGACACUGCAUGCGAUGCCGGCGACGAGGUGAAACUUAUCUAA